AUGACUAUUAGGCAUAGAUUCGAUUUGUUGGAGACUCCAGAAUAUCAAGGAAUCCGGGCGUAUAUUGUGAAUAGAAAUAUAGGAAAAAGUGACUUUGUACUUUCUAUAGUAUCAUGUAUUUUGUUAUUAUCGCUUCGUAUUCUUAUCUGUGGGGCUAAUAAUAAACUUCUAUUUAAUGUAAUGACGCCAAUUAAAAGGUUAUGCAGACCAUUUGGAAAAAGACCAGGUAGUGAAAUAAAAAUGGCCGAGAUGCUUUGGUACUUUGCCUGGCACUUUUUCAGCUUUCUUUUUGGUACAUAUGUACUCUUAUCAGAAUUUGAAUUUGGUACAGCUCAUAAGCCAGGUUGGGUACAAUAUAUAUUUAGGACAAACGAAUUCAUUUAUUACAUUGUUCCGACUCCAAGCGAACCAGUUAGUCUAAAUCCAGGAUGGCCACUAUUUCCAAUGGGUGACCAGAUGAGACAUUAUUAUUUUAUUGAAAUCGGAUAUUGGUUGUCUUGUUUAAUAAUACUGAAUUUUGAAACAAUUAGGAAAGACUACAUCAUUCUAUUACUCCAUCACAUUACUACACUAUCACUGCUAAUAAUUAGUUGCUCUCUUUCCUUCUUCCGAAUUGGAAUUAUUGUACUUUGGAUACACGAUAUACUUGAUAUAUUUUUGCAUAUAAUGAAGUGUUUCUUAUAUUCGAAAUAUGCAGAGAGAUUCCCAACAUUCUGCAAUUUUAUGCUAUAUUCACUAACUCUUAUUAUGUUUAUAUCUAGAUUAAUGAUAUAUCCAUAUUUCUGUAUUUACUCUAUACCAAUUAUUAGAACUUAUACUAAUGCUGCUGGUUACCAUCUCUGGAUAAUACCCGGUAGUGUUAUUUGUUCUUGUCUACUUUUAUUCCUGCAAUUUAUACAUAUUAUCUGGUUUAUAAUGAUCAUGAGAAUGGUUUUUAGAACAAAAGUACAAAAUGUCAAUGAUAUGGGUGACGUUAGAAGUGAUGAUGAAGCAACUAGUGAGAAUGAACAGCCAUAUAAUACGACUAGUGAUCACGAGGAAAAGUCGAAAUUAACUAAACGUCGGAAAAAGCACUCAAUAAGUUAG